AUGGGAUCGCCUCCCAAACCGCCUGCUGAAGUAGACCAAGAGCCCAAAUACGGUGGCUAUUCACGAUUCGAGGUUGAGCUUGAGUUUGUUCAGUCCCUCGCAAACCCGGCCUACCUCAACCAUCUUGCCUCCCAGAAGCUUCUCAGCCAACCUGCCUUUGUCGCAUAUCUUGCCUACCUACAAUACUGGAGCAAACCGCCGUAUCUCAAGUACCUAACGUACCCCGGCCCGACACUACGACAUCUGGAGCUCCUCCAGCAGGAGACGUUCCGGCAACAGAUCAUCAGUCCUGAUGUCAAGGUCCCUGCCAAGCUGAACAGCCCUUCGCAGGACGAUACGAAAGGCCCAAGUAACACCAAGAGGAGUCAGGAUGACGCUGUGAACGAAAGUAUGCCUGACACCCCGCGAAAGCGAAAAACUCCCCGCAAGAAAAAGAAGCAUUCCGUCAUCAAGAACAGUGCGACGCCCGGUGGAACAGAUUCUUAA